AUGCUCAAUGUUCACCGAGGGCAAAAUGUUCAUGUUCUGCGAAUAGUUGAUACCAGGUGCCUUUCGACAAAUCUCAGGACACCUCCCAAAUCCCUGCUACAGCGUCAGGCGAAGAGACUAGGAGAAGCCGAGCAGGCACAAUCGUCGCAACUUAUAGUCACAUCUUUGAAAGACAUUUUCUCAGUAUUUCACCCCUCGGGGAAUAGUCAAGAGGAUGAUGAAGUCGAGUCUUUUGCCAAAAGAGAAAAGGUAAUGCAAAGAAUCGACAGCGGCGAGCUACGAAAUCUGUACUUACAAAAAUUCUCGGCUCGUAGAAGCGGCAAUCUAAAUGCAGCUGAGCCUUCUUUAAAUGACUUAGAUAUACCUCCGGCUAGUCUAGUACAAGUUUACUCUAGGCUUACCCAACAAGAUCGAGAAUUAAUAGAGGUUUCGUUAAAUUGCAUUCCGCCAAAUAUACACUGGAAAGAAAUACCUUGGGUUCAAAAACAGUUAUUGUUUUAUACUGGAUAUGGAUCCUACGGUCCUCGAGAGAAUAUAUCUUUCUUAGGUUCCAAGCCAGAAGAUUUUAUUUGGCGACACCCAGCGAAAGUGCUAAAGUCUGAACAAAAAGUGCACCAGCUAAAAAAAGAACAGCUUCAGAACGUUUGGACAUGCAUUCCGCAAAGAAAAUCUCGUUUUGAUAGUAUGAGGACGGGUUUGGAUCCAGGCACACGCAUGGUAGCUUUUAUAGGCAUUGUGGUAGCUCUCCUGGCAACUUUCGAGGACUUUCAACUUUACCAGGACAAAGAGAGUAAAUCAAAUGUGGCUUGCUUUGCUGAGGAAGGUGUCACAGAGCUCUCCGAUAACGAUUUCUCGGUGGAAAGUCUUGCAAGCGACCAGCCAAAAGGCUUGGAUGGCUCCCCCAGUAGAAAAUGGUUCCAGUGGUGGAAGCGAUGA